CCUAUUUUUAUUCGAAGAUAACAAUAUUCCAAUUUAAAAAAAAAAACAAAAAAAAAAUUAUAUUCAUUCCUCCAUCAACUAGGGUUUAUUGAUUCGGGUCUCAUUUCGAUUUCCCGCAAUUGGAUCGAUCCAACCCUCGAUUCCUGCUUCAAUUCUAGGGUUUCCUGAAUCUGGGGUUGUCUUCUACCCCUGUUUGUCAUUCACGCCCAAUUAAAAAAGGUCAAUGAAUUAAGCUGGAGUUGUCACAAUGUUGGGUGUCAAUCGCAGUAGUUCCUUGAACAUCUCGUGCCGUAUUCUCCACCUAGCUGAAUGGCACCCCUUAGAAUAGCACUCUUCAGUUGGGCUUAAAGCUUGAAGCUUGAAGGUUGAAGGUUGAAGCCCUCUUUACUUUCAAAUCAAAUUUUCAAUUUUUGGGGUCGAAGCCGAGCGGAUGUUUGAGAAGACGAUUUCUUUUGCCAAAGCAAUGGGGUGCUGUAAUUGCUUUGGGUUUAUCAGGAGACGGAGCCGUCGAAGGGCUAAGCCUGCUGUCAACAAUAAUGAUCAUGAUCUUUCUCAGGAGCUUUUGUUGGAUGAUGACACUGACGACGACGAAGAGCGUUUCUAUGCUAACGCCCUUAGUGGAGAUGGUAGUGAGGUGCAAAAUCGUCCCAAACGGUCGGAGGAUAUUUUGAACACGAGGGUAGAGAAUGGCUUGAUUUGUAGGCAGUUUCCUGUUAAGGAGACUGACGUAGUUUUUCGCUCUGAGGAUGAAGAUGGAAACAAGAUGAUAAAUGAGUAUAUUCGUGAGUAUAAGAUUGGUUCUGGUAGCUACGGGAAAGUGGCUCUUUAUCGAAGUUCUCUUGAUGGAAAGCAUUAUGCAAUUAAGUCCUUUAAUAAGUCUCAUUUACGGAAGCUUCGAGUUGCACCCUCGGAAACUGCCAUGACUGAUGUUCUACGUGAGGUUUUCAUCAUGAAAAUGCUGCAACAUCCUAAUAUAGUCAAUCUCAUUGAGGUGAUUGAUGACCCAGAAUCAGAUAACUUCUACAUGGUGCUUGAAUAUGUGGAAGGAAAAUGGGUUUGUGAGGGUUCGGGUCCCACUUGUGGCUUAGGUGAAGAGACUGCUAGGAGAUACCUGCGUGACAUAGUUUCUGGAUUAAGAUAUCUCCAUGCACAUAAUAUAGUACAUGGAGAUAUUAAACCUGAUAAUCUAUUGAUUACUCGUCAUGGUACAGUGAAGAUAGGAGAUUUCAGUGUCAGCCAGGCUUUUGAGGAUAAUAAUGAUGUUCUUCGACGAUCACCUGGCACUCCUGUUUUCACUGCACCCGAAUGUAUUUUAGAUAUCACCUAUCAUGGUAAAGCUGCAGAUACAUGGGCAGUAGGAGUUACUUUAUACUGUAUGAUAGUGGGUGAAUACCCUUUUCUUGGUGACACACUUCAAGAUACAUAUGACAAAAUAGUCAAUAAUCCUAUAGAACUCCCAAAUGAUAUGAAUCCGCAGUUGAAGAAAUUAAUAGAAGGACUACUUUUCAAAGAUCCAACACUAAGGAUGACAUUGAGCGAUGUCGCUGUAGAUAGCUGGGUUAUUGGAGAUGAUGGACCAAUUCCUGAGUACCUUUGCUGGUGCAAGAGGAAGAACAUGGAGGGGGAAUACAAUGUUGAGAGCAAAAUACUUGCUUGACCCAUGCUGACUAAUUUUGUUUUUAGGUCACAUUUGUUUAUGUACAGUCCUCAAAACUCUCUCUUCGAGUCUUCAGUGGUAUGAAAUGAUUGAUAGAUCAUUAUAGAGGUAGCCUUAAAGGAAUUUUCAAAAAACAUGGCUUGUGCAGUAUGGUAAGUAGCAAAGGCAGAAAAAUAUGAUAUUUUUAUUUGAAAGAAUUUGGUGUCUAGAAACAGAGAGGUUCUUGUAUGCCGGCUCUUUAUCUGCAUAGAGUGAGUUUUGAGCUCCAUCUUCUAGGCAUAGAUGUUAAUUUCAAACUUCAGUGUGUAUUUUACA